CGAUACAUUUUGUCGUAGAAAAGUGAACGCACAACGAGACAUAAACGAGAAGCGAGAUGCACGUGUCUGUGAUCCUCGGCGUGGUGUUGCUGCAGGCGGUGCUUUACGUGUCCGCUGCGCCGCCUGACUGGGUGCCUCCGGAAAUGUUGGAGAUGGUUCAAUCUGACAAGGAACGGUGCAUGGCCGAGCACGGAACGACUCAAGCGCUCAUCGAUGAGGUUAACGACGGGAAACUCACGGAAGACCGGAGCAUAACGUGCUACAUGAAUUGUCUCCUCGAUGCGUUCAGUUUGGUUGACGAGGAGGGUAACUUGGAAGCUGAGAUGUUGAUAAGCGUCAUACCAGCGGAAUUUCAAGAGAUCGGUAACAAGAUCUUGAACAAAUGCGCUCAUCAGGACGGCACUGAUCCGUGCGACAAAAUAUACAAAGUGGCCAAAUGUGUCCAAGCAACAGUACCAGAACUGUGGUUCAUGGUUUAAUUCAACGCAUGGGAGGAAUUCUCUGCGCGCGAUCACAACGUAACCUAAUUUACGUAACCUAAUUUACGUAAACGGAAACAAUGUCAUUUGUGUAACAAUAAUAGUAGGUAAUCAUAUAAUGAAUACAUUAAUGUGUGUGUUCAUUAUGUGCGAAUAAAUUUGGUAGAAAAUGUUGAAAUAUUGGAUGAACUUAUAUAUAAAUGUGCAUUAAAAUUGUAUCAGAUCCGUGACAGUAAACAAUAGAGAGAACCGAGAAACGAUAAAGAUCGAUGACUAACGACGGUAACAAGCUUAAUUUAUGAAUUCAUGUUUAAUUAAAUUAAAUUAAACAAUUUUGUAUAACGAAAUCUCCUUUUUGAUUCCAUUUAAGUUUCUUCAACGUUCACGAAACUUGUGUAAAAUAAAGUUGGGCUAUGUCCAUUAAUUAAGUAGAACCGGAGUUGUAUAUAAUACAUAUACAUGUAUAUAUUAUGUAAUAUAUGCACGUAUACACACACAUGCAGAAUAACUUCGUGUAGUUAAUUAAGUGAAGCAGCGAAAAAAAAAACGUAAAGUAAAACAUUACACAAAGUCUA